AUUGUCUGUAUCGGACAUUGUGUAUGUUCAUCCAUGGUAUGUCCAAGCGAAGAGUACGGGAGCGUUGGUCAACUCUCUGGACAUACGAAAUGUCAAGAAAAAAGCAUUGCAGAAGUGCUAAAGGAACUGACGCCGAAAUCUUUUGGAGGUGACCGAUGAAAGUUCUGCUCGCUGUUGGUUUGUCGCCGGCCGCAUCAUGCCCGAAGGUCCGAGCGUUAGACGAUGGGGUGACAUCGCUCGUCAAUUCCUCAAGAAACGCAUCAAGGAAGUGAAAGGAGUCAGCAAAGUUAUGGAACGCGAGAGAUGGAGAGGUGCAUUUAUCAACGAUGUUGUCGUCUACGGCAAGCAGUUGUUUUUUCAACUCCUCAAAGAGGGUUUUUCGGAAGGGGACACAAAAAGUGACAGGGAAUUAGACACAUCCAGGAAGAAUAAAACGCGGAAGGUGCAUGAUCAUCGAGAAAAAGACCAAGAUUACGGAGAAGACUCCAUCUGGUAUCGCUAUCACUUCUUGAUGUGGGGUAGCCUUCGCGCGAACGAAUAUAAAGAACCUUCAAAGCGUUCGAAGAGAGCAAAAAAGUUAGAGUCACCGAAAGCUCCGAAUCCUAUGGUCGAGUUUCUAUUUGAAGAUAAGACAUUUCUUGUUUUCUACGGCGGCAGCAUCCGUAUUGUUGACGGACCAUGCAAAGACGAAGGAACUGAUGUUCUCUCCGAGACAUUCGAUGUCGAAAAGGCGACGGCAGCGCUACAGAAACCAAUACCAGUAUGCUAUACCAUCAUGGACCAGGCAUACUUCGCAGGAGCUGGUAACAUUGUCAAGAAUGAAGUAUUGUAUGUAUGUCGGAAGCAUCCUCUUGAGCUAGGAAGUAAUUUGACCCAAGAUGAAGCAGUGCAACUCGCAACGGAAGUCUUGCGAUUUACAAAGGACUGGUUAAAAUGGGAGGAAGAGUUGAACGAGUAUAAAAAAUUUGGCUCCUGGUUGAAAAUGUACUGGAAAUUCAAAUGUCCCGAUGGUCAUAAGACAAUGAGAGGAUUUUUUGGAGAUGAACUGAAGCGGAUGACGACAUGGUGUCCUGAAUGUCAAAAACUGAGAUUUGAGAGUGAUGCGUCAAAGAGCGAACUGGAAAACAUCGGGAAAUUCAGGAAGACUACGCAUGUAAAACCAAUGAAGGAAGUUGCGCCCAAUGAUGAUUAUGAUGCGCAACCAUCCAAGAAACUAAAAUCGAAAAAGCUCUCUGGUAAAAGAGAAGCGAGAAAUAACAAUUCAACAAACAACAUCUUAGGAAUAACACAGGGAGAUGAUGAUGGCUUUUAUCAAGUGUGUCGCACAUCGUGUACAUCAAAAUCAAGAAAGUCUAGGAAAGUGUCACUGACAAGAGAGAAAACCAUAUCAGACACAUCCAAAGCUGAAGAAACAGAUGGCAAUUUACACAGCUUUUCACCAAACAAGCAAUCGAGAAAGCGAAGACAUUCGGAGAUGGCCAACUCGGAACCGAAUGAAAAAUACAAACAUGCAGAUGUCAAACAUGAAUGCCAUCAUGGUCAUGAGGGUGUUACAAGAGGUACAAGAAAAAGUUUGAGAUUGAGAGCCAAAGUUGAAAGUCAAGGAAACAAGAGUGAGAAAUCGGAUUCAGAACCAAAGGAGAAGAGACCAAGAGGUAGGCCAAAGGGAAGUGUAAACAAGUCACCCAAGAAAUCACAAACGCAGAAAGAUACCAGUGGUGCCAAACGAGGACGAGGAAGACCUAGGAAACGACCCGUGGAGGAAGUAGUUGAGGAGGCAGAGGAGGAAGCUGGAGCUGAGGAUGAUGAGUAAGAUGGUCCAUACAUCAGAUUAGAGGAAAAAACAGUGGUCUCUAAACAGUUGUUCAUCUUCAUUCUCCUAAAGGAUCAUUGAAGUCAAAGUACGAGAGCCUUCUAACCCUAGGAAUAAACCGUUAUUCCCAACAAUCAUAAAAAUUAAGCCUAUUUUAAAUUGAAAUAGAAAAGAUAUUUUCUUCAUUAAAAAAAAAAUUAGAAAAAUAUGGGGUCAUCAUUCACUGGAUGCAAUACAUGAUCUUCAAAAUGCAUGAUUAUUACAUGUUUUAAACUUGUUCGACUCGAGUAUUGGAUGGGGUACCCAUAAUGCAAAGCAUUGCUAGGUGUACCAGUCCUGUCAAGGCAAAUUGAUUAAUACUGUUGAGAAGUUUUUGAAAUUAUGUAACAUUCUAAAUCAGAUAUUAAGUACUCUUACAAGCAACAUAACAUGCUUUUGUAUGUGUUUGAUGGGAAAUUUUGAUCUUGAAAUAAAUAAAUUUUAUUCAAUUUAUCAAAGUGAUGGUGAAAGGCUUUUUAUAUCAGUAUUCUAGUGAUCAGAAGACAGGAGAAUUUAAAGAAAAUGAGGGAAAAAUAUUCUCUCCCAUUAGACCAUUGAUUUAAAAAUGUAAAUAAUCAUGUACAUGUAUUCGUCAUUUUGAUUGUGUUUUUGUAAAUUAUGUUUUUCUUGUGACAGACAUUAAGUUAACAACUUAUAUUUUUGUUUGAUAGCUAGUGUUUUUAUAUAUACAUUCAUCACAAUGAAAUAAAAUAUGUUGACCAGAUAAAAAUAAUAGUCUCAGUAAUGGUUACAAAAAUAGUCUUUAAUUUUUUUUUUCUUCAAAAUACCACUUCUUUCUAUCAUGUUGUAUUCUGCCCAGUAUAAUAAUAAUAUGCUUAAUACUAGUGAGGGUGUGUUUGCAUUAUCAUUUGAAAUAUGGAAAGUUUGGAAACAUUGCAAUGCUAAAUUAUUGAUGGAUAAUAAGAACGAAUGAAUUAUAAUCAUGCAUUAUUACAGUAGAUUUUUGGUUGCCAUGGCUAUGCCACUGUCAAAACCUUAGCAUGAAAGGACAGAUGAUCGGACAAGGGCAAUUUGAAAUACAUAUAAUUCAUCAUGCAAAAAUACAAUCACUUUCUUCAUAUUCAAAGGAAGGUUUUGUAUUUAAAUUACGUCUGUGAGUCUGUUGCUUACAUCGUUGCUUAGAAAUCUGGAUUGAAAUCUUGAUAAAAGAAGGAUACUAUAGUACUGUAUCAAUAGAGAAUACCCAUAUGUCUGAUGUGAAAUUCUCUAGUACUUGAGUUUAAGUUAUUCACCAAGGUCAAAAUCAAAUGAUACUUGUUUGUUUGUGUUGUAAAACUUUUGUUUAUGCAGUCAAAUACAUUUUUAAAUUAAUUUGCACUUUUGUCCUCUUGAAUAUAAAAUGUUGUAAUUUUGAUUUGAAGAAUUUUAAGCAUAAAUCUGAGAAGUAAAUAAUUAGUGAUGGAGCUUUUCCAUUGUUUUUCUCUACCCCAGGAAUCUGGUAGCAAGAUUGAUAUGAACAGAUUACAAACUGAUAUUACUAAUCCUGAUCCAUAAUUGUUUGAAAAAAGAAAACUUGUGGAAUCAAUUCAAACAUGAUUUGACUCAUUUAAAUCUCUUACAGGCAAUGAUAUAUCCAUAAAUGAUCAGACACCCUUUCAUCAAUUUUGAAUUUUAUCAAAUUGGUCGUGAUACUCUUUGAUAUUUUGUGGUGGUGUUCACAAAUAAUUUGGUCUUGUUCAGUUUCUGUUGUUAUAUUCAAAGCAAAUGUAAUGUGAACAUGUCUACCUCACUUAAAUAGGGGUGCUCUUGGCAUACCUCAUGCUAAAGAGAAAGAAAUGCAAUAGUUAAUAAGGAUUUAUUUUGAUGAACAAUGAGACAGUUGAGCCAAUCAAAACUAAAAGAUGAAUUACGAAUCAGUGAAUGUUUAUUUUGCAGUUCCUUGGAAUUGUUUAGUGCAAACAUAUUUGUGUAAAGCAAAAGCCAUUAAUCACAACUCAGUAUGAAUGCUUAAAAAUGAUGAUCAUCUACCAAGUUAGAGUUACAUGUGAAAUAUGAUGUUGAACAGUUAUGCUGCAGUGUCGCUAAACUUGAACCAGUUGUGUGUAUUGCUAAUACUAUAGUCAAAGAAAUGCAUGCUGUGGAAGUAGGAUCUUGUUAUUUUCUGUCUCCCUAAAAGUCAUUUCAAUAUUGCACCCAUGUCAUGGGUUUUUGUAAUCAACAUUUUUGUAUAUGAUUAAAGCAGUGCAAAAUAUUCAUUGCUAAAUUGAAUUAUUUUGAGGUACUGAGAUUACAAAUUGCUGUAUGGCCUCAGAGAUAUCCCUCUGUCAGUAGACAUUUGGUAUAAGCAUGAGAUCUUUGAUCUCUUUGUCUUUAAUCAAAUCCAUGUCAUUAAUGUGUUUUUAGGGAUUUUGAAUGUUAUGUGGGUCAUUUUCCCAAUUCUUCUAUUGUGAUUUUAUUCAGAUUUGUUCAUCACCUCCAUAUGGUGCAUUCAAAUGAUGCCCACACUUCGUUCAUAAUGUGAUCUAUUCCCACUUUGGUCGAGACUGCAUAGAUUAUUCAAUUAACAAAUGAAAACUUGCAUCUUUUGAUUUAUGCAGUGACUCUUAAAUAUCAUGGUAUUUGAUAAAAUAGAAAACAAAACCCCUCCAACAAUUCAUGAUUUUACAAAAAUGCAAGCGCGAGGGCUCGAUUUGAUAUGCUGAUCUUAUAGGUGAAUGUUGAUAAUUUGUUUCCAAGGAGUAUUCUUGUUUAAAAGCUGUUGUAUGCUCUCUUGUGUGUUGCAUUCCUUAGAGUGCAUGUAUCAUACAAACUCAGAAGUGUUAUUUGUAAUACACCCGUUGGUAUUGUGAGGGGAUCGCUGAAAACACUCUAUACCAGUGUUUAACUCAUGGUGUUUGUUAGACAACUUUUCAACACUAAUUUAGUGUCAAAUUCAAACUCUAUGGGUUUGUUUUCAACACUUGAAGGGUACAAUCCUCACAACAUCAUAUCAGUGUUUUUAGUGUUGUCUCCUUGUCAUCUAAUGUGAUAACUUUGUAAACCAAAUAGUAUUAUUAAUGCAAAUGAAUCUAAUUUAUAAUAACUUUGUCAAGAAUUGCCCUAAAUUCAAUGAAAUUAAUGUUUAA